AUGCCGUUUACCUUGUGCAUGAUGGCGCCCGGAUUUCACUCGUCCGCAUCCUUCCUUGUUCUGCUGGGCUGCCUUUUUAUUGUACCAGAAUCAGGUGCGCAGAGGCCGGUGGUAACGGUCACAAAUUCCGGCAAUGUGCAAGUUUUCCGGACGGACACAGCCAACCUCAGCUGCAGCUUUGUGUCUUCCGUACCGCUUCCUGUGUACACUGUCAGUUGGUACAAGCUGAACAACGAUGGUUCCCAAGAAGCGCCAUUCCUAGUAUACGUCACCAACUCUCCCGUACAGGAAGACGCCAACAGACUUGCAGAGCUUGGAUUAACGGGCAGGGUGAGUUUUCUGCCGGACCUGACGUCCAUCACCAUCCAGGAGACGGCCCAGCCAGACACCGGCACGUUCCGCUGUGAGGUGGACCCGAUCUUUCCCGGAGGAGGAGUCGCCGCUUCCGUGGACACAAACCUCACAGUAGUGUGCCCCUAG